GCUGACCAGCGGAGGAGCUGACCGGUCGCCGGUUCCUCAGCUCACCACACGAGGCCGUGUGACCGGGUGGGCGGAGCCACGUCGGGUCGGGUCGGCCGUGGCACCGGUCCGGGGGACAGGUGUCACUGCUCCGCCGACCGGCGCCGCGGCCGCACGUCCGGCUCUUCCGCUCUCUUCUCUCUUCUGUACGACUGCGGGCCCUACACCAGAGGGUCUUCUCAGGUUAUCAGGACUUGUCUCCAACAGUCUCCAACCCAGUGUCAGUCGGUCCCGGAGUCGUCGCUACAGCCGCUUCAUCUCGCGGAGUCCAACACGGACCAUACAGCACAGAGCACACCAGCCAUCUGAGCACAUCGGAGCACCCGGAGCACGCCGAGCACAGCCAUGGCGCUGGAGACGGUGCGCGACAUCACUGCGGGCCUGUGGCAGCGGCGUGACCCGCGCGUGCGUCACCAGCUGCUACAGGCCUCGCCCAGCCUGGUCCUGGCCGUGCUGGCCGCCUACCUGCUGCUGGUGCGCUACGGACCGCGCCUGAUGAAGAACCGGCAGACGCCCAACCUCACCCUGGCCAUGGCCGCCUACAACGUGCUACAGGUGACUCUUAGCGCCUACAUGAUGCGCGAGUUCAUAGUCAGCCGGCCCCAGCGGGUCAUCUGCGCCGUGGUUGAUGUCAGCGAGAACCCUGUCUCCAAGAGACUGGCCGACGCCUGCUGGCUGUUCCACAUCAGCAAGGCCGUGGACUUUCUGGACACGGUGUUUCUGGUGUUGAAGAAGGACAACAAGCGGCUGACGUACCUGCACGUCUUCCACCAUGCGUCCAUGUUCUUCAGCUACUAUAUCGCCACGCUGUUCUCGCCGGGCGGCGCCUCCUGGCUGGGCUGCGCGCUCAACUGUUUCGUCCACUGUGUUAUGUACGGCUACUACUUUCUGGCGGCGCUGGGACCGGCAGUGCGCCGCCACCUCUGGUGGAAGCGCUACCUCACCCAGCUGCAGAUGAUCCAGUUCAGCAUCAUCCUGCUGCACAUCAUCAGCAUGAGGCUGCCGGGCCUGCGGUGCGGCGCGCCCCUCUGGGCCGGAGCCAUGACCUUUGUCUACCUCCUGGUGCUCACCGGACUCUUCCUCAACUUCUACAUGCGCUCCUACCGUGGCGACGCCAAGCGGCAGAGCGGCGAACCCAAGCCGCGAGCCGCGUCGACAGAGGUCACUACCAGUACACCCGUCAAGAAACAAAAGCACUUGCCGCUAAUAUGGCGCAUGCUGCAGACCCAUGGUCUCGGCUGUUUUCACCAGAACGACUGAGGGCUGAGUGGACGAUAAGGCAGACCAGCUCAGUGGCGGUCAACCUCUGCCCUUCUCUUACUCUAUCUCCUGAAAGAUGAGGACGGGCCAUGACCGUCCGCCUUCCACCCUUUAGACGCGGCUGGUCCCUUCCCCAUUGCAGCCACCGUUCCGUGCUUCUAUCCUUAGGAUACUGAAAUCCUUCUCCUCCACGCCGCAACCCCCUCCGGGCUGGACAGGCAACUUUAUCUCGUGCGGGCUGCUCCCAUGGAGCGGCACCGCUGCUCCCGAGGGAGCGCACCCCGUAGCCGGGUGCAGUGAGUACCUUGGGGCUGGUCGGCCUGUCUUUCGGGACGUACUCAGCUCCGGUGACUCACUAGGGUGCCUGCCCAGACCAUUGUCUCCCCCUAAUUCCUAUCAUCCUUCCGGCUCUGAAAUGGUCUCGUCAGACCGAAAGGGCCUAACUCAACACAACAAAACAAAACAAACAAACCCAUUGCAGCCUUGAGAUAUGGGGAAUCUGUCAUUCACCGGCCCAGACCUACGGCGUUUCAGGUGCAGACAAACUGUUGUAUUAUGUUCUGUGGCAUGUAGAUGCUCGGGCAGCGUGAGGUUGUUCUUAGGUGGAAGAAACUCCGGUAUCUUUCCUUAAUUAGAACCUAGAUGUAGCGCAUAUUUAUGCAUAAUAUUUGAGGGGGCUACUCUUACUUUACGUGGAAUAGUGUCAACUUUUAUCAGCAGAUUCUUCUGACAGAGUCAUGCUUCAAUGCUAUUUAUCUUCGCAUUAUGAGUAAAAUGUUGUAACAGCUAAUAUAGGCGGAUGCUUGUCAGCCAAUUAACUGCCAAUAUUGUUCGUAUCAAAUGGCAAAUACUAAUUUAGGUAUCUAAUUAUGCCAGAGGAAUCCAAUAUAUGCUGGUGUUGUACAGGCGUGCCAUCAUAAUGCUAUGAAAUGUGAUUGUGUAAAUACAUUUAAGAGGAGGUAUAAGAGGUCACUUC